AUGGCCGAUGAACCGAGAAGAUCGGGCCGAGCCACCAAGGGCCAACACAAGAAUUUGGAGCUGGUACAAGAUAUCCCUUCGAAGAAAGGCAGAGCGAAGAGCCAGUCUAAGGAGAAGUCUGCGAAACUAUCUGCCGAACCCACUCCGACUCCUAGCGAACAAAAUGAAGAAGAAAUCAUUCGAUGCAUCUGUGGUGAAUAUGAGGAGGAAGAGGAUAUUGAGCGAGACAUGAUCUGCUGUGAUCAGUGCUCGGCAUGGCAACACAAUGACUGCAUGGGCUUGACCUUUGCCAAAGGCGAGGAGCCUGAGGAAUACUUUUGUGAACAAUGCAAACCCGAAAAUCACAAAGAGCUUUUGGAGAAGAUGGCAAGAGGCGAAAAGCCAUGGGAGGAAGUUGCCCGACGACGACAGCAGGAGAUUGAGGAAAAGAAGGCCGCCAAACGGAAAAAGGGGAAGAAGGGUAAAAAGGGUGGUGCGAGACCUAGCGAUAUCAAGGCUGAGACUAGUGCGCCAUCAACUCCUGCUGCUUCGGAAACCCCUGCGGCGCCGUCUGUAUCCAGGCUUUCGGUCGAAGCCAAGACUCCUGCUCCUGCUCCCAGCGAAACAACUACAGACUCCAAGGUUGUCAGUACCCAAAAGCGAAAAUUUGACGAACACCAGGAGCCCUCAACGCCCGAUGCUGGCCCAAAACACAAACAGCAACGUUUAUCAGAGCCGCGGAAAUCUGUUGACAAAACAAUCAAAGCAUCCCCUGCAGAGUCACAAAAAUCUAGCAUAGCCGACUCGCUGGCCGGGAUAGCUGAGAAGCCCGAAGAUAUAAGCAGUGCAGCUCGCCGAAAGGUCGCGGAACAUUUAAUUGGCUUUUUCAAAGAGCAAGUAGCCUCUGCACAAAAGCAGGGCGUUUAUGAUCUACCACCCGAAAAGUCAGACGAAGAUGUGGCCCGGUCUCUUGGUCUAUCUGUUGAACAUGCAAUGCAUGCAGUUAUAUGCGGUGGAUCUGGAGAGCCGAAUGAAGCCUACAGGAAUCAGUUACGCGCAAUCACGUUCAAUCUGAAAAAUAAUUCUUCACUACGUGAUCGAUUACUGAAUGGGAGUCUCGCUCCUGCUAAUCUCGCCACAAUGACUUCUCAAGAUAUGGCUAGCGAGGAGCAACAGCAGAAAGAUGCAGAGAUCAAAAGAGCAGCAGAGAAACAGCAUAUCAUCAUGCAGGAACAAGGACCACGCAUUAGGCGUACACAUAAGGGUGAAGAGGUUAUUGAUGGUGAUGGCCAAGCAGGUACAUCAGAAUCGAUAUUCUCGUCAACUGCGGUUCGUCGUCCCACUCUUGACGCCGAGUCAUCUAUCCCUGAAAGUCCGACUGGCGCAAAGAACCCACAGCCAGCAGAAUCAGCACCAAAGCCUUCGGUUGAAACACAUGCCGCAGCGAAUGGCGAUGCUAUUCGUCCCCAUUCUCCUGGAUUCUCGACUCAAGAUGGCCUCUUUCCGGAGGUGCCUGCCCAUCUACACCAACCAAUCCCUGUAGGCGGCAAGGUCCAAGCUGAUGAAGAGAUCGAUAAUCUCCUUAAAGAUGAGGACGUGGAAUCUCCCCCUUACUCACCUAAAGACCUUCAGGCUGGAGGCGAUAUUUGGUUUGGUAAGAUUGGCAUGAGCGCUAUAGCAGAGUUCAGGACGACUGGUAGACAUAUUGCUGGCGCCGACCUCAGUGGCAAGAUACCAUGGAGCCAGCUAGCACCUUCGUCCCUUGUGGUCGAUGGCAGAAUUGAUAUCGAGCUUGCCAGCAAGUACCUUUGUGGAUUACGAUUCAGCAAUUCUACAAAUGUAACAGUCUUAGCGCUAGCCGCUCCUCAUCAGCCAAGUGAGCGUGCAGGUUUUGACAAGCUCUUCAAUUACUUCACAGAACGGAAACGGUACGGCGUGGUGGGCAAGCAUCCAUUAGCAGCAGUCAAAGACGUCUAUGUGAUUCCAGUUGAUGCCGGGGCGAGCCCUAAACCCGAGUUCAUUCAGUUGCUGGAAAACAAUACCCUCGAAGACCCGACACCGGACCCAGUGCUGCUCAUGGUCUUUGUCGUCAAAAUCAAGGACUCUACGCCCUCUGAACAAGCUACGCCUUACCACAACGGCCAGGCAGCUCCCCCGGUCGUUGCUAGCCCUCUAGGAACUACGCCGUUCACUCAGAAUCUUCAGCAGCAGCAGCAUUUCGCUUCUCCUACCCCAGCGUCACGGCAGGGCUCGCAGGUGACUCCAUCAGGCCCGGCUGGAUCGCCGCCCUUGAAUGGCAAUGGUCACCCAGCUCCUCAAUUCCCUCAACAGCACGGGCAAACCCACAUUCAACCGCAACAGCAGAUGCAAGUGCCAGCGGGUUUUCCACCACAGCAACUUCCGCUGAUUGGACCUGCGGMUGCAGCUCAUGUGCUUGGUCCUCAGGCAAAUGCGCCAGCGAUUCAAGAACUUUUGCUCAAGGCGCCCGCGGCAGAAAUUGCGCAGUUGAACAUUGUCCGAGAGAUUCUCGCACGGAAUCCAGCGGCUGCCAAUGACUACCCGCUUUUGAUGAGUUCGAUUCAGCAGUAUUCUGAAGCGGCCAGGAACGGUCAAGCACCUGCAUCGUAG